AUGGCAGCUAAUCCAGCUCAUCUUGCAGACUAUCAUUUAGAUGCGCCGGUCAAUCAAGACGGUCUCUCCACAUCAGUACUGCAGACAGUGGUUUCGAAUAACAACGACGCAAUGAAUAUUCUGUUCGAGGCUGCACUUCAGGAAUCGAAUGAUCCCUCUAAAAACAUGUCAACGACAGAUAAUUCACGAUCGAUAGCCCCCGAGCUGACCGACGCCGAUGUCCUCCGCAUUUGGAAUGCAUGUCGAUUUGUGAAAAUGGGAUGGUUCUCUGCCCAGGAAGCAGUGGUUUUAAUAGACCUAUUCUUCGAAAACAUGGCACCCUUAUCGCCUGUCCUCACAGACUUUUUCGCCGCGCAUAAAAAUCAAUACUAUCUAGUAACCCAGGAACCAGUGCUCUGCUACACUAUACUCAUGAUUUCCUCUCGAUACCAUACUCUUCCCGGAGUGGGCGGAUAUUCUCGCUCAUUCUUCAUUCAUCACCGCCUAUGGCAACAUUGCCAACACUUGCUUCUUCGGAUUACUCUCGGGCAGGAGAAAAUCUCCAAAGCAAAAACACGCACGAUAGGAAGCAUUGAAGCAUUACUACUUAUGUCUGAAUGGCAUCCACGAGCAUUACAAUUUCCGCCAGAGGCGGACGGAUGGGAUUCAGACUUCCUCAUGACAAACCCGGACAUCAGAGACCCGCCUUCUCUAAAUGGAGAUAUCCCAGUAUCCUCCCGAUGGCGGGAAGAUGUUGUUGAACCCACAAAGCGGUUUGAACGUAUGUCCUGGAUGGUCCUCAACUCAGCAUUAGCUCUCGCACAUGAACUUGGUGUGUUCGACUCGAGCGCUCGACUCGCCAGACAAGAUGAUCUGGUCGGUAUUGAUGCUGAGCGAUAUCUUGAAUAUCUCGAGGUACGGCGACAGCGACUGCCGAGUCUACUAUUCACGUCUAUCAAUGCUUUAUCUUCGCGGAUAGGUUGUACCUCGCCAGUGCCAUCUGACGUCGGGAUCUCCAUGCCUGAAACGCGAACAUCUUUACAGUCUAUUGAUAGAGACUGGUUAUUGUUUAUGAAUGCAUGGAUUGAACUCAUGAAGUUGACCAGUUCCGUCACGGAUACUCUCUUCCCACUCAUGAAUAUCUCCAGCUCGACUGGGUUGUCGGAUACAUUCAUCCCUGUAUUGGAGCGGAAACAAAUUCUGUUGGCGAGCUGGAAACAACGAUAUCUCCAUAUCUCAGACUCGAGUUUUCCCUACACCGAUACCUUGUUCAUCGAGUAUCAACAUCUACGGAUCCUCACCAACUCCAUCGGAAUGCAAAGGAUUGUGCAACGAGUCCUCCAAGCCCAAACUCAGCCCCCGUCACAAAGAGAUUCAAUCAUCGACUUCUCUUUCAUCGAGCGCGCAAGACAGCUAAACAUUACAGUAAGAGAAUAUGGUUUCAUCGAAGAAGUAAUAGACGGAUGUUGCCAAACCCUCGACAAGAUAACUCUUCUGGGUGAGUCCCUACACUUCUCGCCAAUGAGAAUACUCUUCCGAACAAUAAGCGCGUCAAUAUUCCUUAUGAAAGCCCUGGCUUUAGGAGUACGAAAUUCAAAACUGCAGGAAGCACUCCAAAUCCUCGAUCGGGCUAUCGUCACACUGCAGGAUAGCAAUCAAGAUGAUGUGCAUUUAAAAUCCCGCUAUGCGGCUCUUUUGCAAGUCCAAGUCUCGCGUCUUCGAGAGAGUUUGGUAUCCUCAUACUCCGGGAUCGGAAAUUAUCUCCCUUCUCCUAAUUCACAUGAGAACAUGCCAGCUAUGGAUCUGGGGGAUUUCUCGGAUGUUACUAUGAAUGGCUGGUUAUCUUUGCCUUUGGAUCCUUCUAUGGCGCCUUUUGGGUCUACAGAAGGGGAUUUUGGAGUUCGUUUGGACGGUGUUGAUUUGGAUUUGGAUUUUUUGUGGCAAUUACCGCCAUGA